AUGUCUCAUCAUCCCAAAAACCAAAUCGCCUCCGCUUCCGAUCUCUGUUCGUCAAAAUCGGAGCUGUCAGGGCUUAAGAAGAACACAAUCGGAAAGUCUCAGUCUGAUUACGAAUCAGCCUGGAGCCCAACCUCACCUCUGGAUUUCAGAUUGUUCUCCAGUCUGGGGAAUCCCUUUGGUGGAUACUCAUCGAGGUCAAUCCGAAAAGUUCAUCACAAGAGCUGGGAUUCUGGGAAAGUUUUUUUUGGUCUAAAUGUUGAUUCUGGGAAAGUUGGCCUGAGUAUUGUGGAUUCUCUCGAUGAUCAUCACCACACUGAUUUUCCGCCGUCGCCGGAGAGUAAAAACAUCAUCUUUGGGUCGUGGAUGAGAAUUGGAAACUUCAAUUCCCAUGCCAAAGCUCCUCCUACGCCUAAGGAGGAUAAUAAGCCCAGUGAGGAUCUGAUUGAGGUUGAUAGCUCUUGCUUGGUCAGUGCCUCCGAGAACGUCACUGUGAGCAACAAUGCUUGCAAGGUGAUGAAGCAAACCGCAGAAGGAUCACUUGAGAGUGAGAUUGAGUUCUCAGAGGACUACACUUGUGUGAUUUCACAUGGUGCUAACCCCAAAACCACCCAUUUUUACGGGGAUCAGGUUCUGGAGUCGCUAGAGCACAAUGUGGUGAAGAAAGGUUGUUGUGGAAACGAGAAAGAGAGCAUUUUUGAGAUUGCUCCUCUUGACUUGACAAUGGAUACUGAUGAUUUGUUACCUUCCGAUGACUUCUUGAGCUUCUGCUGCUCUUGUAGCAAGAAGUUGUGUAUGGCGAAAGAUAUAUACAUGUACAGAGGAUACAAAGGUUUCUGCAGUAGCGAGUGCCGUUCAGAGGUGAUUCAUGUGGAUGAUAAAAUGGAGGAGGAGGAAGAAGAUGAAGAUGAAGAUGAAGAGACUGACGUGUUUAAGAAGAAGAGUAACGGUGUGGUCUUCACCGUGGGCUGA